AAGAUGGCGCCCACUUUAGGACCCUCGGGGUGGCGGUGGCGGCGGGGUUUGUCGGCUCGGGAUGGGUCCAGGAUAUUUCUCCUUUUUCUUUUGUUGGGGUCUGAGCAGGGACCCCGAAAAGUCGGGGCGGGUCAGACGUUCGAGUACUUGAAACGGGAGCACUCGCUGUCGAAGCCCUACCAGGGUGUGGGCACUGGAAGUUCCUCAUUGUGGAAUCUGAUGGGCAAUGCCAUGGUGAUGACGCAAUAUAUCCGCCUUACCCCAGAUAUGCAAAGUAAACAGGGUGCCCUAUGGAACCGGAUGCCAUGUUUCCUGAGAGACUGGGAAUUGCAGGUGCACUUCAAAAUCCAUGGACAAGGAAAGAAGAAUCUGCAUGGGGAUGGCUUGGCAAUCUGGUACACAAAGGAUCGGAUGCAGCCAGGGCCUGUGUUUGGAAACAUGGACAAAUUUGUGGGGCUGGGAGUAUUUGUAGACACCUACCCCAAUGAGGAGAAGCAGCAAGAGGCCCAGAAGAGGCGAUACUCUCCAGGAGUCCAGCGGGUGUUCCCCUACAUCUCAGCCAUGGUGAACAAUGGCUCCCUCAGCUAUGAUCAUGAGCGGGAUGGGAGGCCAACAGAGCUGGGGGGCUGUACAGCCAUUGUCCGAAAUCUCCAUUAUGACACCUUCCUUGUGAUUCGCUAUGUCAAGAGGCAUUUGACGAUAAUGAUGGACAUCGAUGGCAAGCAUGAGUGGAGGGACUGCAUUGAAGUGCCAGGGGUCCGCCUGCCCCGGGGUUACUACUUUGGCACCUCCUCCAUCACGGGGGAUCUUUCAGACAACCAUGACAUUAUUUCCCUGAAGCUAUUUGAAUUGACAGUGGAGAGAACCCCAGAAGAGGAGAAGCUGCAUCGAGAUGUGUUCUUACCCUCGGUGGACAACAUGAAGCUGCCCGAGAUGACAGCCCCUCUGCCACCCCUGAGUGGCUUGGCCCUCUUCCUCAUCGUCUUCUUCUCUCUGGUAUUUUCUGUAUUUGCCAUUGUCAUUGGGAUCAUACUCUAUAACAAGUGGCAGGAACAGAGCCGAAAGCGUUUCUACUGAGCCCUUCUGUGACCACCAGCCCUGUGCUGUCACCAUGAGGUGUGGGAGCAGCAGGCGCUCUCCUGAGCGCAUAGCCCGGCAGUCUUCUUCAGUGUCCAGCAGCUGGUCAGGGACUCUGUUCUGUCACUGGAGCUUUAAAUUCAGGGACACUGUAUUCCCAUGGUCAUCCUUGAGGACCUCUGUCUCUGGUUCAGGAAGCCCACCCACCCCAGGGCAAUGCUUCUGUGAUGUGCCUUUCCCUGCAGUCUGUCUACUGGGAGCGCAGAGGGAUGGAGAUAGUACCUGCUGUUAUGAUGCCAAGAUCACAGAAAAGAGCUUCAUUGCCCUGGCUGCCUUGAUGUGGGACUCAGGACCCUUACCCUUCUCAUUUAAAUUUGCAAAGAACAGAAAACUGAUAAUUCCUCAUACCUUCCUGACAUCCAUUCAUUGGUUUUUGCUUUUUGUCUGAGCCUUUCUUCACCUGAGGAGGUCUCCUUGGAAAUCUGGAUGGAAACUUCUCCACUUUGCCUUCCUCUCCCUCCUUUUAUUGUCCUCUCCAAAUGCAGCCUGAGCUUGAGAAGACAUUUUAUGCCUCUCUGUUGGGGUCUGAGCCUGCAGAACAAAUAUAUUACACUGACCCUCA